AUGGUUCUUGAUAUUGAAUAUGAGGAGACUGAGAGACAGAAAAUUCCAUUAAACGAUAAGGAAAAACUAUCUUGGUGGCUGGGGAAAGGUAUGAACUUUCAGUACGUUAGUGGGAGGAAAAAAAUCAUAGACACAAAUUCCUCUCAAAUUAGGAAAAAGGACCAUGCAAUGCAAUGCACAUCAUGUUCAAAAGCUAGUCCUAUUAGACGGAAGCUAAUUGCAGAAAGGGGACCCAGAAAAAGGAAUGUGAUUCAUAAAGAAAAGUUAGGGACUGCAUGA